AUGGAACCCACAGGCCAAACAAGGCUUACCUUUUCAGGGGACUGUGGUGCGCUGACCAUUGACGCCCAGGGGCGCCCAUGGAGCAUGCACAUGACAAUUCAAGGCGUUCCGGGUAAUAAUCCAACAACGUGGACAUCCCAUGGAGCCUUGUUCUGUAAGGUGGUCGACGCCCAUGCUUUCUAUUUUGAACACAUGCAAUCUUCUCCGGCUAGAAUUUCUAGCGAGGGCCUCGCCUUCUCUAUUUCGCUGACUGGAUGCUUUGAUCCAAAGGCUGGGCGCGUUCCUCCGGUGGAGUUUGAAAACGAGGCUCCAGGAGGUGCUUUCUUUCGUGGGGUUUGCCCUGCGUUGCGUAUUCCAGUGGAAUUUGAGGACGACAACGAUGGAACAGACGAGAAGAAGACCGAGUCGAGUCGAAUUGAUUGA